AUGGAUGUCGACAACCCAACCCCCCCGACUACACGCGAUCCCCGCCUCAGUCGCAACAAGCCGGCCCUCACGAAGGCUGCAUUGUCAGAUGUUGGCGCAUCUAGCUCUCCUACCGCUCCGAGGCCCGGACCGAAAGCAUCUGUUGCUACGCCCGCCGAUGAGCGAGACUUGACGUCCGGCGACCAGCUUCUCCGUGGUCUUUCCGAAUUAAUCAGAACUGCAGCGGAUUCAGUCAUACAGAAUGCAGAGAAAGAAAAGCUGGUAAAGAAGAAGGAAACGACAGAAGGGCUGCUGAAAAAGGCCAAGACCACACCAAGCUUCCCGUCUAUUAUCACAUUCUUCCAGCAGGCUCGAAACAAUGAGGAUCUGGAUUUGGCCCAAAUGGAUGACACCAUAAACAGAAACCAAACCCGAUAUCGACGGUUGGAAUCCUCUUUCACUUCGAAGUUGGCUCAGUCACUAUUACACAACAGUACUACCGCCGACGAGAGGCUCGGGCAACUGCAGGAUGAGAUCCGAGAGUUGAAUAACCGGGUGAAAGAUCCAAUGGGUGAAACAAAGAUCAAGUCACUAGAGGCAGAGAUCAGAAUGCUUCGAGAUCGGCUGACAUUACUCGAAAAGACUUCUGGAAAUCACACGGCGUCGAUCAACUCGCAGAUAAAGCAAGGCAGACAGACCACGGAACGUGUCGACCGGCUGACCUCAGACCUUGCUCAGCUUCCAUCCGAGAGCACUGUGCCUCCUCGCGUCUCCUCGGAACUUGAAGAGUUGAAACGGAUCACGACUGCCUUAGAUACCAAGCUUCGCUCUUUUGAAAAAGCACAACAGGACUAUUCGAAUUCGAUCUCGACAAUCAGCAGGAGCAUGGACGCGCAGCAUAAACGCCUCGAUGCCAGUAGCGAGACUUUCCAGUCUCUCGAGCGCAGAUUUGGGCAGACCAAUGAGCGCAUGGCCUCAUUAGAGAGAAUUCGGGCACUGCCGCCGCCCCCUCCCCAAGCUGCCUCGCCAUCUGCUCUAUCGACCUUAGACAAACGUCUUGUUGAUUUAGAGCGCAAGAUUGCAGCUUUUCCCAGGCCAGACACGGGCUCAUUCGACUCCAAGGUCCAGGCUUUGUCUGAACAACUUGACCAACUACAAAAUCUCCAGGCCAUGAAAGACGAGCUCCAUUUUGCGGAGUUGGAGGAGCUCAAGAAAGCAUCGGUGGAGAAGACUGAGAUCCAGCGUCUGAAGGAAAAUUACACUCGCCUUGCUGAAGAAACGGCAAGAAUAACUCAAUGGAGUGCCACGGCGACUCAGAAAAGCAACUCUCACAACACAUUGAUAGAGAAGACACUAAAAACCCUUCAAAGCCUUCAAGUCGGUCUUCACUCCCUAGAGACGCGAUACAAUCAUCUUUCAACAGAACCAAUCGUGCAGAACACAAUCGCUGCAGUGCAAGAAUUGUACCCUCCUGCAGCGCAGUUGAACAAGCUAACGGAGCAAAUUGCGGCGUUGAGGAAUGAAGCAAAGGAAGAGAUUCCACCAUUGAAAAGGACUGUGGAGCAGCUCGUUCAACUUCGGAAUAGCCAAGAGAUCUUAAUAAAGCGAUUGCAAGAGGAAACCAGCCAACGUGCAAUUGAAGCGAACCAGCUCAGAGACAUGACUGGAAAGAUAGAUUCUCGUGUCACUGCGAUCCAGGAGCAAUUGAUAAAAGGAGGUGAUCUGCCCGACAAACUGCAACAAUUACACGCCAAUUUUGAUUCUUUAGCUGAAAAAUACCAUGAGCAUUUCUCUAAGAUUCAGGAACAGAUCCAAUCUAGAGAGGAGGCAACUGCUCAGACCAAGAUUGAACUGGAAGAAGCACGCCACAGACUGGAGGAGCAGGUCCAAACCCUGUCCCAGGAAGUCGACCGAAUUGGUCAUGCGGUGACUGGGGUCAAAAACACGACGAUGACCGCCGUGAAUUCCAUUGCGAACAUCAGAUCGACUACUGAACAAAACCUACAAACAGCCGCUUCCCAGCAAGUCGGUCUCAAGUCCCUCAUUGAUCGCUUCAGUCACUUUGAAAGGACGAUGCUUGCCGAUCACCAAGGGUUGUUGGCACAAAUGGAGGCGCUGAAAGAGUCUCUAACCCUUGCGUCGCAACGUUCUCCAGUGCCUGUACGAGAAGAAACGGUGCCGGAGAGUAGGCUGCAGUCUCCGAAACAGGAGGAGAGUCUAGCAAUAUCCGAUACCACGAGUCAGGUCACCUAUGCAGAGAUGGCCGAGUCCAAUCCCACGCUCGCAUUGCGUGGAAAGAAAAAGAAGAAGCGGCCCCGUCCGUCUGGUAUAUCGGACGAUGAACGGUCGUCUACUGGUGCUCGAAAUGAUUCUCCACGAAUUUUUUCAUCCCCGUCUCAGAUAAUGGACGCAGAGAAUGCCAUGCCCUCGGAGAGCAAGAAACGGUCCAAGAAAAAGAAGAAACGCAGGUUGGAAGUGGAGGAGCCCAUUACUAUAGACUAG